AUGCUGCCAACACCCAGAGCACCCGUAAUCGACCCCCAACGGGCCGCCGAGAACAACAGCACCGCGUACCUGAUCGUGAUCAGCAUCUUUUGGGGCCUCGCCUUCGUCACGGCAUGCGUGCGAUUCUACACGCGCGCCGUCGUGGUGCGCUCCUUCGGCAGGGAUGACGUCUUCAUGGUGCUGGCGGUGCUCUGCGCAGUUGCUGGUCUAGCCUCGUGGAUCGUCGAGUGCCGGAGCGGAUUCGGCCGACAUCAGGACACGAUCCCGCGGGCCGAGUUCGUCAGCUUGAUGGAGGCGCAGUUUUACCAGUCCAUCAUCGAGGCCUCGUUCGCGUUUGGCUUCCUCAAGAUCUCCAUCGCCCUGUCGCUGCUGCGCCUGAGCAGGGGGAGUUGGUACAACAGGAUCCUGUGGACCUUGAUAGCAUUCACCUGUUUCUACACCCUCUUCGCCUUCGUCACCAUCUUAACCGUCUGCAGGCCCAUCGCGGGCCAGUGGGACGCUAGUCUCCGACCGAAGUGCUACAGCAGGCUGAUAUACCGGGAUUUCGGGCUGUUUAACGCGGCAUGCAACAUCUUCACCGACGUCGCCUUCGCGACUCUGCCGGUUCCCCUGAUCUGGAGCCUCCAGCUGCAGCGACGCAUUCGCCUGUACCUGAUCGCCAUUCUCAGCGGGGGAUAUUUCAGUGCCGUUGCCUUGGGGAUCGUCAAGGCGAUCUUCAUCAUCGCCUACGUUCGCGAAACAGACGGGACUUUCUUCCCCGGCGCGCCCUUCUUCGGAUCGCUGCAGCUCGACAUCGGCAUCAUCGCCGCCUGCGCGCCGACCCUGCGCCCGCUGCUCGGCCGCGCCCUGCACCUGUCCACCUCGCUCGACCCCUACCGCGGCGCCAACUACUACCGCGCCGGCAAGGCGCUCGACCGGCUGCCCCGCCCUCCCGUGCCGGCGGCCGCGCGGCGCUAUCUCCACGGCCGGCGGGGGGGAGGUCGGGAUGCUGGGGACGUGGAUGUCGAGGGGGAUGCGGAGGCGGAUGCGGAUGGGGUGUUUCAUAUGGAUGUUGGCAAGGGCGGGUGUGUGCGGCUGGUGGGAGGAGGAGGCGGGAAGCAGUGGCGACCGGGAGGAGGAGGAGGAGGAGGCUCGUUCGAGACGGUGAGGUUGGGGUUUGCGGGGGCGGUGGUGCAUGCUGAGUAUGCUGGUCUGGCGAAGGGGGAGGCGAAUGGCGUUGGUGGGGGUGGGAAAGGGGAGGGCAGCCGGAAGGGGAGCGCGAGGACGUUGAGUGGGAGUGGUGGCGAGGGGGCUGUGGUCCGUGGUCCGCCGCAUGUCGCGGGCGGGAUGGGGUUGAAGGGGAUUGUCAAGACUGUUGAGGUUCGGGUUGAGAAGUGAGGCGGCUUGGGCUGGCUGCAGGCGACGAUGAUGAGGCUGCUGAACGUUGGCUGGACGUUGCCUCACUCAUCUUUGCCGUGGACCGCACGGAAAUAUGCGCGAUCCCAAUCUCAACUACCCGCGGCCGUAGGCCGGCUUUUCCCGUCUCAGCGUUUGGAAGUGGCUCGAUGCCGCGGGCAGAAACGCAAGCGCGGGUAGGGAGACCACUACACGAGCGGGAUUUCCUAUGACCGAAUCCCGGCAGGCUAUUAGGAAUAGUCUGCUCUGGAUCGUCCCCGAGGAUGGCGGAUGGUCG